GGCUGCUCCCCGCACGUGACCGCCAGAGGGCAGACGCUGCGGGGCGGGGGCGGGAGGGCGCCCCCCCCUCCCCUGCCUGCUGUCGCCACGCGAUGACGCCAUCGGUCGGAGCCCGGUUACCAGGCAGCGCCGCACCGGUUCGGUGGGAGAUGGCGCCGGAGCAGCAACGGCUGGUGAAGGGGGUGACGAGGCUGCAGGCCUAUGUCAGGGGUUUUCUUGUGAGGAAGAGGUUCCGAAGCUUACAGGAGGACUAUGAGAACAUGGUAAAGGAGAUUGAAGGGGAUUUGGGUCCAUUGCAGUGGAAAGGACGCUUCAUACCAAUGCCUGUCUUUCCUCAAAAGCAGAUGAAAGUAAAGCGAUUAAUUGAUCAAGAGUCUGGAUCCAAAGACCAUAACAACACGGCUAAAGGGCAGCAAAAGCAUUGUCCUCUUGAGACACUAGAACCAGAAAAGGAUUGUGACUCUAGGAGUUGCAUGAAACCUACAGCCCAGCUUCAAGAUGAGCAGAUGGUCUCAAGAGGUGAAAGCAAGAGAGUGAAGCAAAAUUUAGAGUGUGAUGCAGAUAAAUCCACUGGACAGGACUGCAGUUUAUCAGGAAAGAAUACGGAAUGGAAGAACAAUAGCAAUGCAUCAUCUGUAUGGAACAACACUGUUCCGGAGAUAGGAUCUACUGUAGCCAGCCAAGAGCUUCCAUUCAAGAGCAUAAAACAGGAGCUGCCUCAAACUCUUCCCGACCUUCAGUGCUAUCGAAAUCACUUGGCCAUGGAGCUGCUGUGGCUGCAACAAGCUAUUGUGAGCCGUAAGAAUUAUUUGAUCCUGAAACAAAGGCUGGGGACUCCUGAGCGAUAGGAAACUGUUUCAGGGGGAUGCAGAGUAUGCUCACCUUGUUAUGGAGGAGCAGCAUUCUCUGGGACUAGCUGGACUGUGUCCGAUCCACUGCAGGAGAGGAAUCAUCAUGUGAGCUGCCUGGGAAAGCGCUAGCUCCACUGUGGCAUAGACGUUUCUUAUGGUUAACUUGUUACUUCCACUGGGACCUUAUUUGUCACAUUCAUCUGAAUAAGAGUUAGCUACAGUGAAGAGGUUUAUUUUUCAACUUGAAAACUCUUGGUGAAGUCACAUGUUCAAUAUCUGCCCCAUGCUAAAGAGGAGAUUAUAUGUACUGAAGGGGUUAUUACCCAGCCCUCAUCCAGAAGAACUCCAUUUCUGCUGACUGAGCCUGAGAGGGAAAUUGCAGCCAGACUGAUUUUUUUGUUUUAUGUACUUUUCUUUAAAAGAUUAGUUGAUAAUUUGUGGCUGAACUGAGUGGCAGGGAAGCAGCCUGGUGCUUUGAACACCAGGAAUGGGCUCCCCUCCACGGAGCAGGAAUGGCUUUUUGUUGUCAGCUUGCUGAGCCAUGUAUUUGGAAAGAGUCUGUCUCCCACAUACCAUGACUCUGUUCCCAUGACUUGGAGAUCCCAAAAUACUCCAUGGCCAAACCCUGCAGACUUCACUGCGGCAGAACGCCGGCUGAGCGAGAACCACAAGGGUUUGGCCCAGUGUGUAUGGAAUGUAUUAUAUAACCAGAUGCAUUUCCUAGUUGGCUUUGUUGACUGUUUUGUUCUAAAGGGCAACCCAUGAUCAUCAGAAAGGGGACUUUCCCCAUGGCACGGUUGAUCCCUAUCCCACACCUGUAACACUUUGUGAGUGCAGAUGCUGUAGGUUCUGUCUCUUUCCAUGUGCAGUCAUACACAUGUUUAAUGUACAGUCCGGAACCAUUCCAAUGAAAGCCUGUGUCAGUUCCUGAACAUACUCAUUUGUUCCUCAUUUUUGUUUUUGAAUAAAGUAUUGUCUCUCCCCA